GGGGGGGGCUGCUACGUUACUACGGCGCUCGGAGGAGGAGGCUGACAGUGAGGAGCAGCGAUGGAGCUGAGACGGAGCCGCUGAGGAAGCACCAAGGGGAAAAACAAGCCACUACGGAACGUCGGCGCCUCAGGACUGGACGAUGAGCGUGCCUGGCGGCCCCCCGGGGGAGGAGCUCACGGAUGAGGAGAAGCAGAUCAUCAACGGCGUCCUGGCUCGCGCGGCCACGAUCGAGGCCAUGGAGCAGCAGCGGAUCGAGCGCCUCUCCACUCGCCUGGACGACAUCAAGAGGACGGCGCGUGGCGACGGGCAGUCGCGCUGUCUGCUGUGCGGGACGUCCUUCGGGCCGCAGGGGGUCACGGCCGUGCUGUGCGCGCAGUGCAGAAACCACAUGUGCAGCAAGUGUGGCAUCUGGAGCAACAGCAGGGCGUGUCCAGCGUGGCUGUGCAGAAUCUGCAACGAGCAGCAGGAGGUCCAGAAGCGUUCAGGAGCCUGGUUUUUUAAGGGGAGAGACCAGCAGCGUCUGCCGGAACCUUUCCCACUGUCCGGACCACAGCGGUCCCACCCGGACCGACCCGCAGCACAUCACCAGGCGCAUGGAGCCGCUGGAUCAGAACAACAGCAGCAGACGGCGAGAACAACAGCUGGCGGCUGCAGCGAGCCUGCGUCUGUAGUAAAGGCUGAGCAGCGUGUGUUGGCCUCCAAAGCGCCCGAGGCGACGCAGCGCGCGGCCGGCACCGCAGACUUGCAGAGAAAGGAGCCUGUGCCGCCUCCGGCCGUGGAGGUGAAACGACAGGCCGCCGUUCCCACCUCGUCGUACGUCCCCGCAGCUGCAGCCGUUCCACCCAUGGACAAUCCCACGUCCCAGAGAGCCCAGCCGGACCCCACGGAGGAGGACGAGUACGACUCCGACGACGCCACUACUCUGGGAUCGCUGGCGUUCAGUCUCCUGUACGACCAGGACAACCACAGCCUGCACUGCUGCAUCGUUAAAGCCAAGGGUUUGAAGCCGAUGGACUCCAAUGGACUCGCUGAUCCAUACGUGAAACUGCACCUGUUACCUGGAGCCAGUAAGUCUAACAAACUUCGCACCAAGACACUCAAAGCCACUCUGAACCCGGUGUGGAACGAGACGCUGAUCUACCACGGCAUCACUGACGACGAGAUGUCUCGCAAGACUCUGCGCCUUUCAGUGAGCGACGAGGACAAGUUCGGACACAACGAGUUCAUCGGCGAGACGCGAGUGGCUCUGAAGAAGCUGAAGUUCAACCAGAAGAAGAACUUCAACGUUUGCUUGGAGAGAGUGAUCCCAGUGAAGAAGGCUGUGGGGGCUCAGUCGCGUGGCAUGGCUCUGUAUGAGGAAGACGUGAAUGAAGGCGAGGACGCGGAGGAGAGGGGUCGCAUCCUGGUCUCGCUGCUGUACGACAGCCAGCAGAGCCGGCUGAUCGUGGGCGUGGUCCGCUGUGCCCACCUGGCCGCCAUGGACUCCAACGGAUACUCCGACCCCUUCGUCAAAAUAUACCUGAAGCCUGACAUGGGGAAGAAAGCUAAAAACAAGACACAGAUAAAAAAGAAGACGCUCAAUCCAGAGUUUAACGAGGAGUUCAGUUAUGAAAUUAAGCACGGUGAACUGGCCAAGAAGUCUCUGGACAUCUCCGUGUGGGACUACGACAUGGGCAAAUCCAACGACUUCAUUGGGGGAUGUCAGCUGGGCAUCCAGGCUAAAGGAGAGUGCCUGAAGCACUGGUACGAAUGCCUCAAGAACAAGGACAAGAAGAUUGAGCGCUGGCAUGUUCUGGUCAAUGACAACCCAGUCCAGUUUGAGGAGUAGAACCUCUUCCCCCUUUUUUUUUCUGUCUCCCUGUAGAACUUGCUUUCGAGUAGUUUGUCCUAAAGUGCAACGUGCAGGCUAUAGUGAACCUCCGACAGUUCUCACUUGACAAACAAUGGAUGUUGAUCGUAGGGCUCUUGUCAGCAGGGAGCGAGCACUAAGCAAAUGCAGCAACCUGGCGCUGGUAUCAUAUCUUAAACCGCAUAAACUAGAACGUGCAUAUCAGCUGCUGGCAGGUGAUGGCUGAUCGCAGCGAUAGACGCUAUCAUCAUCAGGACGGUGUGUUGGAAUCGAGUGCGUCUCCACACCCAUCGCAGGGAAUUCCCCGUUUUUGUUGUCAGCGACCUCACUUGCCCCGCGAUCACCCGUGUUCGUAUCACACGAGACGGUACAGGGUGGGAUCAGCUGAUCCGCGCGGCCGCAUCACCGAAGCGCUUGCGUCACCACAACACUUGUUUCACGUGUUACUGUGCGUUUUUGCUCCGCUCACGCCUGGGGUACACAUUUACAUGGGAAUCUUGUGGCCGAUGUUUCUUUGACAAAAUAAACGUUUGUUGUUGUUGAUGUGAUUUGGAUGCAGACCACGUGUUGGCCUCAAUGUCUCCUCUGGCACUAACGUGUCGCCGUCACCCGUGCAUGUGUUAAACGCAUGGCGCUUUGGAUGCCAGUGGACUGAGCUGACAAACUCUGUAUUCUAACCAAUGCAUGCGUGAACUCAUGUUGUGGCAUCCACGUGGCUAAUAAAUGAAGACAUCAUGGCACCUCCUUCGCUCCUGUGUUGUUUGAUAUGGGUCGUGACAUGGCAAAAACUUUGUCUCCGUCAGGCGAGGUCUGAACCAAUCGAAUCAGACAGACACGCAGCUGAGAGUUGUGCGAACUUUGACUCCUCCUGAUAAAAACCUGCCUUCUCUCCAAGUGGGUAAAAGUUUACUGGAGCUCUGAGGUUUGGAUUCUAGCUAAGGCAUAUAUUAUGUCAUAUAUAUUAUAUAACAUAUAUUUCUCAAACCAUCACAAGUGAGAUGUGACAGGAAGCCAAACGCAUUCACAUAACUUAAAGUCCUGUGAUUUGUGGCAAACGAAUGACGCAAACUUAAGACAGAGUUGGGAAAAAUAUGCUAGUCAAUAUUUACUAACCUGUCAAAAUAAAACAAGCUUGACCUGAA